AUGCAGUUUGAACCCUACGCCAGAGCAAAAGGAAGGAAAAGAUUUCCUGAAGUGUUGCUUCAAAAGCCAACACUUGCGACAACCCUUUUCGCCGUUUUGCUCCUUGUCCAUUCCUCGCUCGCUCUCGAGGAAGGACAAACAUGCGUAGCAGACAGGAACUGCGACGCGGGUCUGCACUGCGAAACGUGCGUGGCCAAUGGGAACGUGCGACCAAGGUGCACUCGCAUUCAACCUAUCAACCCCACUUCAAAGGUAAAAGGGUUGCCGUUUAAUCGGUAUUCAUGGCUGACGACGCAUAAUUCAUUUGCGAUUUUGGGUCAGAAAUCAAUGACGGGUUCUGUUAUUCUUGCUCCCACCAAUCAGCAGGACUCCAUCACAAGCCAACUUAAUAAUGGAGUUCGAGGGUUGAUGCUUGACAUGUACGACUUCCAGAAUGAUGUUUGGCUGUGUCACUCUUUUGGUGGCCAGUGCUACAACUACACAGCUUUUCAACCUGCCAUCAAUGUUCUCAAAGAGAUUCAGGUGUUUCUAGAGGCAAACCCAUCAGAGAUUGUUACCAUUUUAAUUGAGGAUUACGUGACAUCUCCAAAAGGCUUAACAAAAGUGUUUGAUGCUGCUGGACUGAGAAAAUACUGGUUUCCAGUGUCUAGAAUGCCCAAAAAUGGUGGAAACUGGCCAACAAUUGAUGAUAUGGUCAAGAAGAAUCAGCGUUUAGUAGUCUUCACCUCAAAAGCAUCCAAAGAAUCUUCUGAAGGGAUAGCCUAUGAAUGGCGAUAUUUAGUAGAAAACCAAUAUGGAGAUGGAGGAAUGAAGGCUGGUGCAUGUCCAAAUCGUGCAGAGUCACCAUCUAUGAACACAACAUCAAGAUCUUUGGUUCUAGUGAACUUCUUUAGAGAUCUUCCAGAUGUAACUAAGUCUUGCAAAGACAAUUCAGGUCCUUUGCUUAACAUGGUCAAUACAUGCUAUGGAGAAAGUGGCAAACGUUGGCCUAAUUUCAUUGCUGUUGAUUUCUACAAGAGGAGCGACGGAGGAGGAGCCCCAGAAGCAAUAGAUGUUGCUAAUGGUCAUCUAGUAUGUGGAUGUGAAAACAUGGCCACCUGCAAGGCUAACAUGACAUUUGGAGCAUGUCAGCUACCAGAGGCUGAAGCAACUCCUCCCCGUGCAGAGGCAGAAUCACAUGACAGUAGCUUUGGUGUUCGAAAUUGCAAGCAAGUUGAUAUGUGGUGGUCUUUUGCCACCGCUGUUUUAGGGGGCAUGCUUUUGGCAUUGUGA